AAAGUAGUUGUUGUUCUUGAGAAUGCUUCUUUGGAAGCUGCUCGUUUAAACUUUUUCCGUUCUGAUUCCAAGAUGCAAUUACUUAACUGCGAUGAGCAUCAAUCUAUUCUCAAAAAGUUAGGCAGAGAUAUUGCCGAUGCAAGACCAGAUAUUGUUCAUCAGUGUCUUUUAACUUUACUUGACAGCCCUUUAAACAAAUCCGGUCACCUCGAGGUCUAUAUUCAUACAGCAAAAGGGGUCGUUAUUCGUAUUAAUCCAGCAUGCCGUAUACCAAGGACAAUUAAACGCUUUUCUGGUUUGAUGGUCCAAUUGUUAGAGAGAGGAAGCAUUAAAGGAGACGUUGAAGGAAAUAUAACCCUUCUAGAAAUUGUCCCUGGUCCUGUACAACAAUAUUUUCCAGCAGAUUCUAAAGUGCUUGCACUUUCUUAUAAUGCGCCUAGAGUAAAGCUAUACGAUUAUUUCAAACAAUUACCCAAAGGACAACCCGUUGUUGUGGCCGUAGGUGCAAUGGCUAAGGGUCCUGACACAUUUGCAGAUGCAUACGCACAGGAAAAGAUUGGUAUUUCACAAUAUGCAUUGUCAGCAUCUGUUGCCUGCGGCAAAGUCUGCUGUGCUUUUGAAGAUCUUUGGGAUAUUAUGUAA